UCGAAUUAAAACACCCCUGGUACGACCGAAACGCCCGCUCCUGAUAGCUUUAGCAAUGCUUUUCACUGUCAACCGCACAAUGCCUCGCGCUCUCCUUGCUUCUGAAAAUUUCUUAAACAUCAUGAGCCACCUCAAUGUCGACAAACGCUGGCAAGCGAGACAUGUUACAUCUUCGGGACCAACCUUGUUUGCCCUUGAAUUACCGUGUCGUGCAUUAUCGGAGCAAGCAUUUGAUGCUCUCUGGGAUGCUCUCAUAGGCGUUGAACCCCUCGUGCAUUUUCCCGGCACCGGGAUAAUCCCAGCACAUGAUGUGCUGGAAUUAUUCCGACACGGGGAAAAGGGCUGCAAGAAGAAUGUUACCCCAUCGUCAGUCCUUUUAUUCUUGCACCCAUAUUUCACAUUUCAUGAACUUGGGCCGCGGCUUGAGCCCGAGCCAGGCCGAAGCCAGCUGUCGUUCGUGGCUUUGGCCCGGCCUGAAGAUCAUGCAGGCCAGAGCCACGCAAAGCCAGGCCAAAGCCGUGGCUUUCAGGCCAAACCCCGGAACAUCACUAGCCGAGCCAGUGCAUCCUUUGUGAUAGCGGCCAUCACAAAGGAUGUCCUGGCUUAUCUGGGUAGACUCUCGUCAUUUACCAGUAUCAAGACGCGUCUACCCACAGGCAGUGAUCUUGAAAAUAUUCUUGACUCAUCCCACGGCCCGAUUCUCUUUGAGAUCUUUGACAGCCCACCCUUCUACCUCAACCACGUUCGGGUUGUGGACAUCGAUACAAUAUUUUGUCUCAGCAUUGGCGAGGACGACCUGGAGGAAAUCGGAGAAGUAUGGCCCUGUCUUGAAGCGUUGCUCCUGAACCAGACCUAUCAGAACAUGUCUUGGCGCGGCACCCAUGCCACUGAACUUUGCAUUGGUAUUACGAUCAGUUCCGUGGAUGAUGACUAUGACAUGGAAAAGGCAAGCCUACGUGCCCUCGAGCUCCGUGACUCAGAUAUUAGGUUGGAAUCCCUCGUGAUGAAAUACCCUUGUGAUGAGGAAGAUAUGGGAGAGAUAUGA